CGCUUCACAUCUCAAUUACAUAACAAAAAUAACUAACCCAAAUAAAAGUGCGCGUUAAUAAACCACGCCCGAGUUAUUCGCUUUCAGCAAUGAGUAUCUACAAGAGUUGUCGAAAAUUGUGCCCCGAUUUCAUUGUCAACGAUUUCGUCACCAACACUAUUAAAACAAUACCAAUUCGAGCGGGUUAUAAAACGAUAAGAGUGACCUUGAAAAACGCUGAUUUAAACGAUAAAAAUGUAAUUUUCUGUGCAACCACAUCCCUGUCUAUAGUGUGUCGAAAAGGGUGUCUUGUCGAUAUCGUCGAUAUAGUGAUUAAAAGCACCCCAACGAAUAAAACCCUGCGACAGAUUAUUCCUCUGCAUGAAUUUUUCGCGAGAGAAACAUUUUUUUAUAACACGAUUCUGGUGGAUUUGGUGGAAUUUUACAAUGGAAGUGUUAAAAUUGAAGUCCCGACACUCAUCGCUGCGACCUUAGAUGACGAAGAUGAAGCAAUAAUCCUGCAAAAUGCAGGAUGGGUGCCAAAAUACGAAAAGUGGGUUGGAGAAUUAACCCAAGGUCAUAUUUUCAAAGUCUUGCAGGAAUUUGCCAGAUUACACGCGCUGAGUUUCGCUUUCAGUAAACAACAACCGGAAAAGGAUCAGCAGCAUAGAAAGCAACUCAACACGGGCUAUUUUAGUGUUUUCGAAAAUAAACAAACUGUUAACAUUGUACGAAACAAUUUAAACCAAGUGCUAAAAUUUUUCAACGACGAUAAUGUUAUUAUAAAGUUGAGAAAAUUCGGAGAUGAAAUUGAAACAUUCUUCGACAACGUUUUAAUUGAAAUUCCAAACAAAAGUGUUUUAGUACAUGGAGAUCCCACCAGCAAUUUUCUGUUUUAUUACGAGAAAAAUGAAAGUGGUAACAUCCCAUCAAGGGCCAAGUUAAUUGAUUGGCAUUUAGUUAAAUUUGGAUCACCAGUGUUGGAUCUCUCGCUGUUUUUCUUUACGAAUUGUGAUGAUAUUAAUAAUGUGGAUACUUUUCUCAAGAGUUAUCACGUCAACUUGAAUAUUUUUUUGAAAGAGUUGGGUUGUGACAUUGAAGAAGUUUUCUCACAGAAAAAUUUGGAAGAUCAUUGGACUAAAUAUGCAAAAAUUGGUCUUGCUCUUGCAAUUUUAACAUUGAAGAUUCUUACAUUGGAAGUUAAUAAAAGGCCGAAUGCAAAUAAUGAAAAAUUAUCAAUUGAAGAAUUUAUUGACGCUUUUCAAGGCCCCCCAAAGGAGGAUUAUGUGAGAAAAAUUAAGGAUAUUGUUAAGUACUGUGUGAAUAAUGGACUGAUUUGAACAAGUGGUUGAAGCUUGAUGGGACUUACUAAAAAUUGUUUUUUUGCUUAACAGGAAAUAGAAAAUGCGAGCACUGCUACUUCGCAGAAGAAAACGAUUACAAGAAUUUAACUAACUUUUUCCUGCUGCCGAUAACGCAAAUAAGUCUUACCACCAUAGCAACAUAGCCCGUAAGUCGACGAUAACAUUGGUUUCUAUGACAGAAUUUAAUAUUUGUACAAAAGUCCUUGGAAAAUAAUAAUAAUAUAAUAAUAAAUAAUGACACUAAAUUUGAAA